UUCCUCCAAAAUGCUCCCACUAGUCCUAGUCAUGCCUAGUGAAGUUUUAACCGGACAUACCAGAGAAAUGGCUUCCUUUAUAAGUACUCUGCAGACAGCAAAAAGCAUCUUUACAUUGAGGAUACUGCUUGGAAUUAUCUUCUUGGGAAUGGCCUGUGUUUCACUGGACCACCUCCUCCAAUUACCAGCUGUUGCAUCUAGUCGCUAUUACCGGGCAGUUGUGGAUAACUUCACCCAUGGACUUGUUGGACUGUUGUCUUGGGCCAUAGUGAUUGAAACAGUUCUUCCAAGUAACUGUCACCAACUGGGAGAGAUACUUUUGUGUGGUGUGCUGUCUUCUAUCUUGGAUGCAGAUCACUUCAUAGUUGCAAAGUCCAUUUAUUUACAGGAUGCACUUGUUCUACCGCACCGGCCAGCUCUUCAUUCCACAACCCUCAUUAUCCUCAUUAGCUUGUUUCUCCACCUCACGGUUCGUGUCACCGCUGCCCAGAAGCUCCAGUCACUCCCCUACAUGUUCUUGACAGCAUCUCUCUCCCAUCAGAUCAGGGACGGCUCCCGUAGGGGACUAUGGGUAUGGCCUCUGGGAUCCACGCCACCUCUGCCCUACUGGGCAUAUGUAGGCCUCGUCUGCAUCUUGCCAAUUGUUCUAAAGUUGUUUUUGAACAGGACUGCAAGUCAGCUGACAGUAAAGCCCAUUAUUGGUGCAACCCCUUUAUAGUCUAAUGGUACUUUAAAAGUCCAUUGUGCAAAAGCAUCUUCACCGAGGCAGCGCACAAAAGUGCCCCCAUGUGAUUUACAGUCAAAAUUACCCCAGUUGAUCCUUUUCUUAUUGCGUUGUUCUACAUGUAGGUAUUUUGCUUAAAAUGCAUUGUAAUGAUUCUUGAUCUUUUUUACCUGAAUUAUCUAAUAUUUAGGUUAAUCAUAAAUAUCCCCCGUGCGCAAAGUACAGAAUAUGAGCUUAGUUUUGGUUGAUCUAGAUAUCUUUCUUUUCAUGUUUGAUUUGGGUUGUAAUCAUAGAGCUAUUUGAGUGUUCACUCGCUGUGCAAAGUGAAUCCAUGGGUGUAUCCAUGUUUGUGCACUAACAGCUUUUGUACCACUAUUUGCAUAUCUAUUUCCGUAUUCUAAAACUCCACUUCAACAAAGUUGGCACACCAAAAACUUAGCUUUACAAUCAGUAAAUGAGCAUUUCAUAUUGUGCUGUCAUAGAGAAUGGAUGAGGACUGUAGAUUCGUGCAAAGCAUGGACAAGGCAAAGCCAAGCCCAUUCUUUGCAUGAAUCUACCUUUCCGAGUUCUCUUCUCUGACUUCAGCUAUUUCCCAUUGUUGCAGGAACAUGGAGUUCCGAGUCUAUGAGUCUCUCUGUUCCGAGUCUCUUUGUUAACCCUUCACUCGAGUGCACACAUUUGUUUCAUUUGUGCAUGAGGUUUGGCUAUGUGAGACACUGAGAGUAUUCAUGCAGUCAACAUUGACAGUGCUGGAUACAUACUGUCUUCUCUUCCUCUUGCGCCUUGGAGUCAUUAUUACACUUGUGUCAUCGCAGCUAAACCUAUCCGACUAAAACCACCUCAAGACUCUAUGAAAUUGAGGAAUGCUAUAUCAACUUCAUGAGAGUAUUUGUGCAGUCAACACUCAGUGCAGGAUAUAUUUAUUCUUUUCUCUUCCUCUUACAUCUUGGAUUCAUAAUUAUGUGUGCUAUUGCAAUGAAACCUUCUGGACCAAAAAACCACCACAGGACUCUAUGAAACUGAGGAAUGCUAUAUCAACUUCAUGAAAGUAUGGUUAGCAGUUUGCGAACCACUUUACAAACCACUCAGAAUGAGGUUCACUGAGCCUUACAUGUUCUUAUGUAUGAAUCAUUCUGAAAUGCCCACUUACUACAUAUUGCUAUUUCGUUUGGAUAACAAGCAACCUUGGAUUCAAAUUACAAUGCGAAUUUUGGAGUUAAACAAUAACAAUUAAGAAUUUCUUUAGAGUGCACAUAUCCACCUAAAAUUGCUUAUAUGCUACAAAAAUUAACUAUGCAAGAAAAUUUACAGGCUACGUCUUUAAGCAAGUUUAUACAAGUAUGUUUGAUAGCCAUUUGAAACGAACUGAGAUAAAUGUGCUGGACCACAAACUUAGGGAGCAGUAAUCCUAAUAGAUCUGUCACCUCAGGACCGGUAUGAUCUUGGUACAACUAGAGGAUGUACUUGAGUUUGUGUCAAUUCAAGUAAACUAUAACCCAAAAUUUCAGAAAGACUGGGCAAAACAUAGACACAGAAAAGUAGCCAAAACAUAUCAAAUUUAUUCCUUAUUGAAAGGGGAAGAGAGAAGUCAAAUCUUUGUUUUAUCUUGUCAAAUCUUGCUUUAUAAUGCAUUAAUCCUGAAAAAAGAGAUAACUAUAUGUCAUUUUCUAUGGAGAAAGGCAAACAUUAUAUUUAUACUAUACCCCAUCCCUCCGGUGGCAACUGCUUGACUGAAACAAGGGGGGGGGCACAGCACAAAGGUAAUCUCCUUGUUACAAAACAACAACAACUGCAGAUUUGUUACAAAUUUACAGCUAACUGUAGAUUGGUAAAAAUAAUCUACACUUUGAACAAAGGAGUGAUGUCACAGAAAUAGUUUUAACUGUAAGCAAUGCACAUGCAUGUACAUAAGCACUGCAGAUGAAUUUUACUGAGGCUUUUCAUAUGUGGUACUGAUAAUAACAAUGUUAUAUUAUUUGUUUGUUCUUGUACGUUGCAUUAGCAGUAGAUUCGGAAUUUGUUCCGUAUUAUUUUUAAUGUUCUAUGCUCAUGAAUUCAAAAGGAUGCACCCAUGAACUAUCAAAGCUCUCUGCAUGGGAAUGAUGAGUUAGCACUCAAAUAAUUUAAUAAUUAUUGCUGUAUGUUGUUACGUACAUUGUACUAAUUUAUGUUUAAAAUUACACAUGCAUGACAUGUUAUGUGCCUAGUCAUUUGCAUAAACACUCUAUGCUCAGUGCUUGUCCGAGGGCUUGCAGAAAAAGUCACAAGCUUACUUGGGUGGGACUCGAACCCACGAUC